AUUACCCUUACCUGCAUCGAUCACGAGCUCUGUAUUCGUUCAAAGAUCUUAAGCAAGCUAGCUGCAACACUCUCGGAGAGAUAUUUUUGGGUAGUUGAAGAGGCGAAGAAGACAAGAUGAAUCACCACCAGGGGCAGCACGGCUACGGCGCCAACCAGGUGGACGAGUACGGCAACCCCGUGGCCCGGCCUGGCGCCACCGGCGGCAUGGGAGGGGCAUACGACGCUGCCGGUGCGUUCACGGGCACCGGCGGCCAGGGCCAGGGGCAGCAGUUCCAGCCCACCAGGGGCGAGCACAAGACUGGCGGGAUUCUGCACCGCUCUGGCAGCUCCAGCUCCAGCUCGUCCGAGGAUGACGGCAUGGGCGGGAGGAGGAAGAAGGGCAUGAAGGAGAAGAUCAAGGAGAAGCUCCCCGGUGGCCACAAGGAUAACCAGCAGCACAUGGCUGCGGGGACCGGAGGAGCCUAUGGGCAGCACACCACGGCGGGGACCGGAGGCCCCUACGGGCAGGGGCAGCACACGGCCGCCGGGACCGGCGGAGCCUACGGGCAGCAGCAAGGAUACGGAGGAAUGACCGGCACUGGGGCGCACGGCGGGCACGGCGUGGACACCGGCGAGAAGAAGGGACUCAUGGACAAGAUCAAGGAGAAGCUGCCUGGCCAGCACUGAGCUGGUAGCUAGCUAGCAAGCUCCGGCCGGCCGGCCUUCAGCUGCUGUUGAAUACUCCAUAAUAAGAUGAACAAAAUAAGAUGUCCCAGGUGACGCCACGUGUACUGGAGAGUGUCGUGUUUGUAUGUCUGCCGUUUGUAUGUGUACGUACGGUCUGUGUACGCUCGUUUUGAUGAAAGCGCAUAGACGCGGUGUGUAUGUGUUUAAAAUCGUACAUGUAUUUUGCUUAUGUUCUAAAUGCAGUUUUGAGUUGGUGAA